AGCUGCGAGCGAACCGACCGGCGCCAUAGCCUCCAGUCGCGAGCUACCAUGAGGACAUUCCUGCCUGUCGUCGUCAGCGCGAUGCUGCUGGCAGCCCCCGCAAAGGCAGACGAGCCAGACCUGACAAAAGCAGUCAAGGAUUUAAAGGACUGCAUGGCCUCUGAGAACCUAGAUAGUCUGGAUGGCCUCAAAACCAACGAGGAGGCCACAACAACAGAGGAGAAGUGUUUUAUCGGCUGCAUGAUGAAGUCCUUUCAUGUGCUCAACUCUGAUGGUGAAUACGACUUGGAUUUUCUGAAGGAACACAUCAAUCACUGUCCUGAGCUAAUGAAGGACCAGCAGAAGAAAGCAGCUGCGCUCGAAGUCGCCGAAAGCUGCGCUGGAAAAGUUACAGGAUGCAGCGGCUACUGCGAAUGCGGGAUCGUCGCAGGCGACUGCUUGUCCGAGGCAAUGGAGGCCAAGGGCUACGAGACAAUAUAUGACCGGCUUGCAAAAGUCAUCGCGAAGGCGGAUGCUUGAUUAGGAAAAAGUGAAAUAGAAAGAGUGAUGUUACUUAUUUACAGCUACUAUUGUUGUAAGGACAUUAAUAAGAAAUAAAAAUUCUGAAAAUUCAAUAA